AUGGGGGAUAACUCGUGGACGACUGUUAGUCACAGAAACAGGAACAUGCAUGGGUAUCACAGGGUUCAUCGUACCAGUUAUGAUCCAAGAAAAAGUCACGUAAGUUCUAAUGUAAUCUCUUUAUUUAUCACCAAUUUUCUAGACUCUGUUCAAAUUGGAGACAUUCAGAGGGUCUGUAAUCGAGCAUGUAAUCGACUAGGGCACAUAGUUGGUGUGUUUAUUGCUAAAAAGCUAUCAAAAUCGGGGAAAAGAUUUGGUUUUAUUAGGUUUUCUAGAGUUCUUGUUUGUGACUCCCUGAUCAUUCAACUUCGUGAAGUUUGGUUUGGCUCUUACAAAUUAUUUGCAUCCCUCCUUCGUUCCUUAGCAAAUAAUGGUCGAACUUCUCAACCCAUUAUCUUCUCCUCAACAGUGCAAAGUGAUGACAGGGUAAAACCUUAUGCUAUUGUGGUCCGAGGUUCACUCCAUGAUACGAAAAAUAAGGUAAUCAAAGUUUGUGUUGAUAAGAUUACAUAUUGGAUAAGAGUAAAAGAAACUCCUAGGUGGACUCCCUCCUUUGUUCACGAUUUUCCUGCUCCAGAACUAGAUAACAGUGAUAUACAAAGCAUUGAACACAAUGAUGAACAUCUUCAAUAUGCUGAGAGGAAUGAAGAAGUAUCAUCAGACUCGUUCGGAAUUUAUGAUGCUAUUGAAAAGAUGAAAGUAGACGAAGUCAAUAAUGAUAUUCAAAAAGGAUAUAAUAGUUGGGGUAAUUUUAAAAAGAAUAAAACCAAGAAAGAGGGGCUGCAGGGGCAAUAUGGGAAUUCAACAACAGAAAAUGUCCAUUACCAUUAUACCACCCAUUGUUGUGCCUCCAGCUCACCUGUUACAUCGCAAGUAAAUUCUUUUGCUGCCCUUGGAACGGAUGCCACUAGCCAAGUUGUCGUCGAUACUGCUCAAGUAUCACCUGAAUUCGUUGCUCCUGUUGUCAAACCACAAACAGCCCAUGUUGUUUUUUCCAACAUCACAGCAGCUCCUGCUUUGAAUUCUGAGACCAAUUCAGUUCACAAUGUUCACUCCGGGUCACAAAAAAAGGAAAUAGGCACUUUACAUAAGCAUGCUCCUGUUGGUUUUUCUGGAGGAUUUAUCCGUGUGUCAGGCAUUCCAUCUAUGGAUGAUUCCUUAUCCCAUCCUCCUGGUUUUUCUAACAUUAUCCAUGGUGAAAAUGAAGUGUUCUCAAAAGGCUCCUUUAACACCAAUUCAGGUGAGGUUGAAUCUAAAAAAACGAUUGAAGUGGGAGAAAAUAUUGGUUUUAAUAUGAAUAGUUGUUCGGAACAUGUUAAAAACACUAUUCAAGAGGAGCAAGUUAGAAAUAUCAUUUAG